AUGGUUAACAUCGAUACGUUUUUCAAGAAAGGAGCAUCGAAAGAACCAUCUGGCUCAAAAAAAAAUGCUUCAACUACCCUUAACGAGUCGCAAUCAUCAAAAAACAAAGUGACGGAUACUAUUAAUUUGGAUUCCGAUGAGGACUUCGAUCAAUUUGAUUCCCAAGCUACCAGUUUGCCUAAACAUGAAGACUCAAUUGCGAUUAUAGAUGAAGAGCCUGUUCCCAAAAGAAAGGCUCCAGUUGUGGCUAAAUCUGCAGCACCACCUAAAAGAAGUGGACAAUUUGGCAGUGCCGCUUCAUCACCGCAGAAAAAAUCCAAAAUUGCCAAAAAAGAGGCACUUACCAGCACACUUUCACUAGAAGCCCUUUUGGCCAAGAUCCCAUCUGUGGAUUUGGACGCAGUUCAUGUAAAAGAAAAUGUGAAAUUUGAUUUUAGAGCAAGCGAGCAAAGUGGAGCUACUUCUGGAAUUACAGCCGACGUGGACUUCCCUGAGGGUGCACCCAACUGUUUACUGGGACUCACCAUUGUGUUCACGGGACAAUUACCGACCUUGGAACGGGGAGAUGCCGAGGCUAUUGCAAAACGAUACGGUGCCAGAGUCACAAAAUCCAUUUCCAGCAAGACUUCUUUGGUAGUACUUGGAGAAGAGGCUGGACCCAAAAAGCUAGAAAAGAUUAAGGAAUUACACAUCAAGGCCAUCGAUGAGGACGGUUUCAAGCAGCUCGUUUCUGGAAUGCCAGAAGAGGGCGGUGACAACUCCGCUGCAGAAAAGGCUCGUCAGAAGCUCAAACUGCAGGAAGAAGCCGCUCAAAGAGAAGCCGAAGAAAUGGAAAAACGCGAGCAGGAGCAAAAAGAAAAACUGAUAAAACGCCAAAAAGAACGUGGAGUUACUGCUCCAGACUCUAGGCCCGUCACCAGAGAAGAAGAUAAGCUUUGGACGGUGAAAUACGCCCCUACAUCGCUGAAUCACAUUUGUGGGAACAAGACAAGCGUUAACAAGCUGAGGACGUGGCUCAGCAACUGGGCGUCCUGUAAAAAAAAUGAUUUCAAACAGCCCGGAAGAGACGGUUCUGGUGUUUUCAGAGCUGCGAUGUUAUAUGGUCCCCCCGGCAUAGGCAAAACUACUGCCGCUCAUUUGGUUGCCAAGGAGCUGGGAUAUGACGUCUUGGAGAGGAAUGCAUCAGACGUGCGGUCAAAGUCGUUAUUGAACGCGGGUGUUAAAAACGCUUUGGAUAAUACGUCAAUUGUUGGAACACUCAAAUCUAGACAUGGCGGCGAUGCUAACCAAAAAAACUUUGUCAUUAUUAUGGAUGAGGUAGAUGGUAUGAGCGGAGGUGAUCGAGGAGGAGUGGGUCAAAUGGCGCUAUUCUGUCGCAAGACCUCGAUGCCCAUGAUUCUGAUCUGCAAUGAGAGAAAUUCACCGAAGAUGAGACCGUUUGACCGAGUUUGUCUGGACGUACAGUUUAGAAGACCAGAUGUCAAUAGCAUUAAGGCCAGAUUAAUGACCAUUGCGGUAAGAGAAAAGUUUCAGCUAGAUCCUAACACUAUAGAAAAACUUGUUGAAGCCACAAGAGGAGACAUCAGGCAAGUGAUAAAUCUCCUCUCCACAAUAUCCACCACUACAAAGAAAAUCGGCCAUGAAAACGUUCAAGCCAUCGCACAAGCUUGGGAAAAGAACAUUGCUUUGAAACCAUUUGAUAUUACGCACAAAUUGUUUGAUGGACGCAUAUUCUCAGACAUUGGCUCGCGAACGUUCCCUUUGUACAAAAAAAUGGAACUGUAUUUUGAUGAUUUUGACUUCACUCCCUUAAUGAUACAGGAGAAUUAUUUGAACACCAGACCUUCCAUGCUUAAUGCUGGGCAAACACACUUAGCCGCCGUCGCCGACGCUGCUGAAAGUCUUUCGCAAGGCGACUUGGUUGAAAGAAAGAUACGAAGCAGCGAACAAUUGUGGAGUUUACUGCCGUUUCACGCCAUCAUGUCUGCAGUUCUUCCAGCAUCAAAGGUAGCAGGUCAGAUGGCUGGUAGAAUUAAUUUUACUUCUUGGUUGGGUCAAAAUUCCAAGGCUGGGAAGUACUACCGUCUGUUACAGGAGUUGCAGUAUCAUACAAGGCUGAGCACUUCUACUGAUAAACUGGGUCUGAGGAUGGAUUACAUGCCCACCUUGAAGCGUAGAAUGUUAGACCCUCUACUAUCUGAUGGAAGCGACGCCAUUCCGGACGUGAUUCAAAUCAUGGACAACUAUUACUUAUCGAAGGAGGACUGGGACUCGAUCAUGGAAUUCUUGAUCGGUAAUGAUAAGACUGAGUCUCUGAUCAAGAAGAUUCCUACUGCAGUUAAAAGUGGGUUCACCAGAAAAUAUAACGCGAUGGUCCACCCUGUUGCUAUCUACAAAACAGGAUCUACUAUAGCGGUCGGUGGAAGAUCCAAGGAGUCGCCUGAUUUUGAAGAUGUAGUUGAUGCUGACGAUGAAGUCCCCCCAGCAGACGAUGAAGAUGACACAAAGGAGGACAAUGACUUCAAGAAGGACAAACUUAUCAAACAGGGCAAGCCCAAAGCUUCCAAGAAGAGGGCAGCGCCAGCGUCGAAAAAGGCGCCCGCUAAAAAACGCAAAAGUUGA